UGGUGAUGGUAGUACACACACGUCUGGCAGCUAUAAAACACGGUAGCCCUCGCCCUCCCCACCAGUGCUUGCCCGACCACGGUGCUACACGUGUCUCCUACACGACUCUGACCGACCACCAGAUACACCCCCCUGGCCACCCCCCCCUCCCUCACACACACACUGUCCCACUGUACCAACCUCCUGUGGCACCUGACACUAGUUCCACCUGACACCACUACCACAAAGCACGUGACACGUUACACCAGUGUCACACCUCCCGUGGCACCUGGCACUAGUGUCACGCCGUCAAGUAAUUGCCACCUGUGGAUCCUCUGUUGGCUGAUUAAUUAAACCCUUCACACCUGGACGAGCACACAGGUGAUGGUGACCCGGCUGGCGUGACAACACUGUAGGAGGGGGGGUGGAGGAGGAGGAGGAGGAGGAGGAGGAGUGACAGGCAGAGAUGAUGGAUUCUUGGCGACCUAACCCAAAGGCGCCGCCCUUCGUGCCCCGACGGUCGUGUGAGGGUCGUCGGGAUGGCACUCCUGGCGGCAACAGUGCCUACCACCGCCACCUGCCGCAGCUGCUGCCCCGAGGGAGGCGCCUGGCCAAGCUCCUACAGGGAGGGCUGAUGCUGGUGCUGGUGGCGACGAUAGCCAUCAACAUCUCCUUCAUCGUGGAGAAGACCAGACAACUGAAGGCGCCCAUCACCACCACAGGUAGUGAUGGUGAUGGGGGCGGCGCGGGUGUGGGUCGGAGGAACAACCUGCGGCUCCAGGAGUCACCGCCCAAGACCCUCACCGUCGACGUCGUGUCCAGCCAGAACCGUGUGGCUGUGACUGUUGACGGUGCCACGAUCGUGGAGGAGGGGGAGGAGACGAAGGGUCGAGGGAUACACGUGGUGGUGCUACACCAGGCGAGCGGCGCCGUCAUGGCUCAGCGGGUGUUCGACACUUACUCCCCCCACGAGGACGAGGCCAUGACGCUCUUCCUCAACAUGGUGUCCCCCGGCAGGAUCCUCGUCCUCGCUAUCAAGGACGAAGGGACAUUCCAGAUGAAGGGCGGUGGGCAUGAUGCCCUGCGCCGCCUGGGCAGCACCCAUGCCCACGAACUGGGCUGGCGGGACAUGUGGGCGUUGGUGAGCGCUAAGGGCGGCAGGAUGUACGCUGAGCAGCUCUCCCAUAGCCCGGACUUUAACACCUGGGGCGCCCCGGUCAUGCUUCGAGCAGAGGUCCCCCUUGUACCCCUCGAAGAGAGCGAGUGUGGGUGGACAGACACUGAUGAACACCGCCGCAGGAGUGAGUUUUGUAGUCACAUCGAGGGAUACGGGUCUGUGUGUUCCUGUACCGACCCAGCUCCUCUGGCCUUCACCACCGACCCUUUACUAAACAACCAGGUGCAUGAUGUGCCCGUUGCCAUCAUUGCCAGCAACCGUCCUCACUACCUGUACAGGUCUUUGCGUUCCCUGCUGGCAGCUCCUGGCGUCAACCCAGAAAUGAUCACAGUCUUCAUUGAUGGUUACUAUGAGGAACCUCUCGCUGUGACCAAGCUGUUUGGGUUAAGAGGGAUACAACACACACCACUUGGGGUGAGAAAUGCCCGUAUAGCCCAGCACUACAAGGCGUCACUGACAGCCACCUUCAACAUCUUCCCAGCUGCUCGUUAUGCCAUCAUUUUAGAGGAGGACCUCGAUGUCUCUCCGGACUUCUUUAG